AUGUGUUACUCAACAUGGAUAUUACCUAAAAUUUUAAUUAUAAUUUGUGUUUUCUUCGCUUACCAUGGUAAUUCAACAAAUUUUGAUUUUUCUGAAAAGAAGAAAGAAUUAUAUCGAGAAAAAGUCAAGUCAAUGUUUUAUCAUGCGUAUAAUGGCUAUUUAAAUUAUGCAUACCCAAAGGACGAGCUAAGACCACUUUCUUGCACUGGGCAGGACACUUGGGGAAGUUAUAGCCUUACAUUGAUCGAUUCAUUGGAUACUCUUCUUAUAUUGGGUAAUCAAACAGAAUUUGCUAGAGCUUCUCAAAUUGUUCUUAACAAUAUGGAUUUGGAUAGAAAUAUAAAUAUUUCUGUUUUUGAGACAAAUAUUCGUGUCAUAGGUGGACUUUUAUCUGCUCAUAUGCUUUCUUCUCAUUCUUCAGAUGUAAUCUUAAAUGAUGGUUGGCCUUGUUCUGGACCUCUUUUAGAGUUAGCUGAACGUUUUGCCCAACGAUUAUUACCAGCAUUUCGUUCAAAUACAGGAAUGCCUUAUGGGACAGUUAAUUUAAAGUAUGGACUCAAUAAUUUUGAAAAUACUGUUACAUGUGUUGCCGGUAUUGGAACUUUUAUUUUAGAAUUUGGAGCAUUAUCUCGUUUAACUGGAAUUCCACAUUAUGAACGUAUUGCUUUAAAAGCUUUGGAUUCUUUAUGGAAAAGUCGGUCAGAAUUGGGUUUGGUUGGAAAUCAUAUUGAUGUUCAAACUGGUGUUUUUACUGCUACUGAUUCUGGAAUUGGUGCUGGUGUAGAUUCUUAUUUUGAAUAUUUGGUUAAAGGUUCUCUACUUUUUCAACGACCAAAUUUGAUCAAACAAUUUUAUGAAUUUGAAGAAGCAAUAAAUUUACAUGUACGUAAAGGUGAUUGGUUUAUGUGGGUAGAUAAAGAUAAAGCAACUGUUUCUUUACCAAUAUUUCAAUCGUUAGAAGCAUUCUGGCCAGGAUUAUUGACACUUAUUGGCAAAUUUGAAGAUGCUGCACGUAUAAUGAGUUCUUACUUACAAGUUUUACGGCAUUUGGGACUUCCUCCAGAAUUUUACAAUAUUCCAAACAGAGAACCAGUCCAAAAACGUUUAGGAUAUCCAUUGAGACCUGAAAUGAUUGAAAGUUUAAUGUAUCUUUAUAAAGCAACUGAAGAUUCUGCAUAUUUACAUGUUGCUGCUGGAAUUGUAGAUACAAUUGAACAAUUUACUAAAACUAAAUGUGGAUAUGCUUCUGUUCGUGACGUUCAAAAAUGGACAUUGGAAGACAGGAUGGAAUCAUUUUUCCUAUCAGAGACAAUCAAAUAUCUUUAUUUAAUUUUUGAUGAAAAUAAUUUUAUUCACAAUGAUGGUACAAAUGCAAAACUUUUGGAAACAACUGAUGGACAAUGCAUAAUUGAAGCUGGUGGAUGGAUUUUCAAUACAGAAGCGCAUCCAUUGGAUUCCGGGAUUAUCCAUUGCUGUUCGAAAAAGCGACAUAAUGAUUUUGUUCUUCUACACGACUUUGAGCAGAACAUUGAUUUUCUAGCGUUCAAUGACAAUUUAAAAGAAAUGAUGCAGGAUUUUAAGCAAUCAUAUAAUGGUUGGUUGACUUACUAA